GGAUUAAAUAGAGUAUUCGGCGGGCUCUUGUACGACGAAACCCUCGUAAAGAUUUAAACCUUGCGAUUUCACCACCCUCGUGAAUGUCACUCGGUUGGAGACUGUUUGGACGCUUAGCUGCAUUGCCCAACACCCUGCCAAAACCCUCUUCUCGUCAAUUCCGAAUGGAGGCCGCCUCCUCCUCUUCACAGUGGUCAUGCUCUAGCUGCACAUUCCUGAACCCCCACUCCGCUAACUCAUGCCAAAUCUGCCAUACUCGUCCUCUUUCGCAUUCCCAAUGGCCCUGUCACUCCUGCACUUUUCUCAAUAAUCUCACCGCCUCCAAUUGCCAAAUGUGCGGAGUCAUGCAAACCGCAGCGCCUUCUCAUCUUUUCAUUGUUGACGACGACGAAGCGAAAGCCGAAGCGGAUGGCUUGGUGGGAACCAGGUUUCGUCCUCUUCAGCAGCAUAGUGAAAAUCCGUCUCCUACAAAGUGUAAGCGUCCUUCAAAAGAGACAGAUGAAGAGGGGUGGGUUGACAUGAAAAAGUCCCCCAAAGUCGCAGCUUCGACGUCGGCUUCAGCCUCAUCCAUUUCCAACACUUUUCUCCGAGAUUUGCACAUGGACAGAGUUUCUAGGACGACUGCUGGAGUUGAAGAAGUUCAAGGUUGUCAGGAAAUUGGAAAUUCAAGUUCAACAAAUGGAAGCAAUAGUGAGAAGCAAAAUGCUGUGGUCCUUCUAACGUACAACGUUUGGUUUCGAGAAGACUUGGAGGUGCAUGCAAGGAUGAACGAAUUAGGGAAUCUCAUUGAGCAACAUCAGCCACAUAUUAUUUGCUUUCAGGAAGUUACUCCCAUUAUAUAUGAAAUUUUUCGACAUUCCAAUUGGUGGACGAAGUACCAGUGCUCAAUUUCUCUUCAAUCUGCAAAGAUGCGAGCAUAUUUUUGCAUUCAGUUGAGCAGAUUACCUGUUAUAAAUUUCCAGCGAAGUCCCUUCAGAAAUUCAAUCAUGGGAAGAGAACUAUGUCGUGCAGAUGUGGAUACAAGUGGGAGCAAACAGCUAGUCAUUGCUACUAGUCACUUGGAAAGUCCCUGUCCUGCUCCUCCAAAGUGGGAUCAGAUGUAUAGUGCAGAACGCAUCUUUCAGGCAAAGGAAUCUUUUAAUGUUUUGAAGAAUCUACCAAAUGUCAUUUUUGCAGGAGAUAUGAAUUGGGAUGAUAGGCUGGAUGGGGAGCCUCCUCUUCCUGAUGGGUGGUAUGAUGUUUGGGUGAAAUUCAGACCUGGUAAGGAUGGCUGGACAUAUGAUACUAAAUCGAACAAAAUGUUAACUGGAAAUCGUGUCUUGCGAAAGCGCCUAGACAGAAUCUUUUGUCAUUUACAAGAUUUUGAGGUUGAGAGCAUUGAUAUGGUUGGGACAGAACCAAUUCCUGGGCUUUUUCACACAAAGGAGAAGAAAACCAGAAAGCAGUCUCAAAUUCUGACACUGCCUGUUUUGCCAAGUGAUCACUAUGGUUUGCUCUUAAAACUUACAUCAAAAUAUUGACUCUGUACAGGAAUCUGAAAAGUACUGUCUCUGAUUGCGACUUUUGUCUGUAUAUUUUCUUUGUUAACUUAUCAAACAGUUUCUAUUUUGGGGACAAGCAUGACAGUUAUGGACAGGAAUGCGUAUUUUCUAAAAAUGCAAGCUGGGAAGAAGAAUGGAUUUGAAGAAUUAAGUCAUGUACAUGGAGAAACUUGUUAUAUGGUACUUAUGUCAGAUCUCUAUAUAUCAAGUUAAAAUGUAUGCAGGGCUGCUGAGUCGCUGAUAAUUGUUUCUGCCAAUUUCAGCUUAUGAAGUUGAUGGUUCUGAAGCAGCAUGUAGUUAUGAAUUAUAAUGAUUUCCUUCUAGUCAUUUUGUUGUGAAAAUUUUUGGAAACCAAGGCAGCAUGUAACUAGAUCAUGAGCAUUUUUCAGUAUGGUAGGAUCUUGGAUUGUUUCAUUAGGAAAAAUGAUGUAUAUGUUCUUUAAUGGUUAUUGUUUUGGUAAUGAACUAAAGAUGUGGUUUAUGCC